AAAAAAAAGAACAAAUUUAAAGGAUACCUUCGCAGAAUAUUCAAUGCCACCAAAUUUGACCAAAUUAAGGGUUUUGUUUUGGGGAGCGUCGCAUACCAAUGUCUACGAUCUCGACUACAUGAUUUUGUCUACCCCAGUCUGCGUUCUAAACUUGGGGACUUAUUCAGGCAAUGGUCGAAGCCUCGCAACGAAUACCACAGAUAUAUCUCCGAGUAUAAUCUUUUUGAUUUGACGGCAGAGCUGCAGCAUAUAAACCCAUAUACUAUCCAAUUCCACAAGGAUGAGAGAUUGAAUCGUAUAUAUGACGCAGUCAGGCAGUGCCAGAAUCUGGUCGAACACUGGACCCGAGAACAUUGGGAUUGGUGGCCAUUACCACCAUAUAUCAGACCCCUUGAGGAAGGAGAGGUACGGCUGCUAUGGAAAUGUGCCUGCGGCGAGGAUAGAUGGGCAGAAAUUCCUUCUCCUUUCGAGGAACGUCUUCGGGAGAUUAUCAACAGUCUACCGCAGUCAGACAUCCCUAUGCGUGACAUACAGCCUCCUGCCGCUGCGUAUCAUGUGGAUCCAAAUAGGUCUGCGUCUGAUCAAAGUAUUGCAGGUCCUAGCCAGCCCUCCCGGAACGACCAACAAACUCAUAGGGUUGGUAGAAUACUAUCAGACAAUGCAAUCCAGAAAGCUGAGCGAGGAUAUCAAGCCUGGACUGGCACGAACAAUUCCUCCAAAGAACUAGUUCUCUUUGUGGUGAAAAGGGGGGCUGAUUAUAAGCUCGCACAGAUCGGGGUCAGCGGGCUCUCCUGUCAUGACUUCUUCAGUGAAAUGAGGAAAGAAUACUUCCGCCUUCGAGGCUUUCUCCGUAACUGGUCUAGUAUCUGGCGAUACUCUCAUUGCGACUUCUACCAGUGUAAAAAGUUUGACGAUUAUUGGUUCGUCCCUAUACAGAAAAACAUGUUCCCUGAAACUACAAACAAAGACUACGAGUACACGCCAAAACCGAUGAAACCUAUACCCCCAAUAUCUAAGCAUGAGUUCUUCAAGCGUUUCUACGCGUGUCAUAACCCACGCCCGAUAUCUCACUGGUAUCACGAGUGUAAAAUGUUGGGGUGCAGCUCUUACAAGAUCUUAAAGCUCUUUCCGAAGAAGAAGACAGAGCUAAACGAAGCAGCUGAGAGCAAUGAAGAUUUUUGGGGGAUUUAUGCGCGCGAGCAUAUCAGCUUUCUAUGGGUGCUGGGUUAUAACCUCAUUUGUAUUCUGCCGAUGCUUGCAUUUUUCGUGGCUUGGAUUCUACCUGAAGGAUAUGGUACUGACCUACAGAAUCCAUCUAUGCCGUUCUCAAUGAUGCUGGGGAUGCUGUCUCUCUUUUGGAGUAUAUUCCUCAGCAGCUUGCAGUUCGGAAAGCCGCGUUGAAUGAAUUGGAUGUUUGGGUGUUUUAUAGUUGGUAGAGUCUGGAGGUAUUUUCAUAGCGAGUUUACGUAUUUAGAUAAUAUGAAACCUUGAAUAUACUCGACACAUCAAGUAACUUCUGCAAGAUGAUUACUGUCGGGGAUAGUUAUAAGCUAUUCGAAUAAUAUUAUCCUACCAGGAUCAACCCCUUA